ACUUGACAUAUGUUUCGUUGUGUAUAUAGAUCUGAUAACCCCUGGUGUUCUUGGAUACCAAAUAAGCCUAAGCUUCCUCUCUUUUUUCUCUCUUUUUUCUUUCAAUUCAUUCCUGCCAAAAGAUUUUUGGUAACACUAUUAUCUUCUUUCUCUCACACUUACUAUGUCGUUUUUUAGGGAUCCUGAGUUAUAUUUCGUAUGGGGACGCACCAUGGGUUUGAAGUUUUUCAUAUUCAGGGUUCAGAAAAAAGUCGGUUGCCCUCUUGUGCAACAAGAUUUUUUCAGAAAUGACAAGUUUGUAAACUGUCAAGGUCUUGUCAUCGACUGGUUUCAAAUUAAUCACAGCACCUUCACUUAUUCCUGGUCACAUGAGUUGCUUAAUUUACCCAGCUAUGGUAUACAUGCUCUUAUUAGUCCACGGGAAAACGAAUCUGCUGCACAGUUGGCUGCGUGUAUAAAUGAACGAGAUCGAGAAAGGGCUGAGAAACAAGCUCUUGAAAAAAGAUUGUCAGAUCUACAGGAGCAGUCAAACCGGGAGAAGCAAGCUCUUGAGAAAAGACUAUCGGAUCUACGUGAGGAAUUGAACCGGGAGAAACAAGCUCACGAGAAACAAGUUCUUGAUUUGACAUCAAAGCUUGAAGAGUGUUGUGGUGGUGCUAAAGGUGGAUCGGUCGAUAAGGAACAUUGGAUGACUAGCCAUUCAAUAUCCAGUAACUUGGUUCCUUUCGAGGAACUUGAUGUUAUAACAUUCCCAAAAAAUACUCCGCUGACUAUCACAAAGGCCCCAACCACGCCGGUGAUCGGUGAAGACUAUUCAACCAAUGUUAAGGUAAACCGUUUCUACAGAGGGGUGUUUCCGAUAGUGAUUGUGAACGUUGAAGAGCUGGUUCCGGAUAAAGAAAACGCAAGGUUCAGUCCAGAUAUUUGGGGUUUGUUUCAGAAUGCCGGAACUUCUUAUGCAGCUCGGAAGCCAUUUGAGUCGGAGAUGUAGAUCGACAUACAAAAAGACACCUUUGGAAGGAUCAGGCUUUGUUAAUUUGCCUUUAUUUAUGUAGCAUUUUGUGUAUCCGGUGAGAUGAGUUGAUACAGUCAAUCAGACAUGUAUAUACUCAUUUUAUUCAUUUGAAUUUACGAUCAUGUUUGGCUAUCUUAGAAUUUAAUUUCUUAUCGUGUAUGUAAAUUUCCGUUGUUGUUUUUCUGGGUUCUGCAAUAUAGUAUUCUGAUCAGAAUAACAUGGUCACAAGUUAUAUCUA